UUCAGAACCUGACCUGAAACUUCAGCGACAGCCACCACUUGCAAGCGUUGUUGCAGACAAUCUAGGGUUUUCCACGAGAGUGGAGACCGGAAUUCACCAGACCAUCUAUGACUCGCUUGAGCUCCGAGCAGGUCUUGAAGGACAACGCCACCAGCGACCCCAACUCUGUUCCAUCUCUUAAGCUCACUUACAGGGCUCUAUCCGAUGUGUCAUGCUUGAGCGAGUUCAAGAUAUUGGAGAAACUCGACCUCAGCUUCAACAAUCUCAGUUCUCUCGAGGGGUUGAAGGCAUGCGUCAAUUUGAAGUGGUUGGCAGUUGUACAAAAUAAACUGGAAAGCUUGAGAGGAAUUGAAGGACUUUCUAAGCUCACUGUGCUAAAUGCUGGAAAAAAUAAGCUGAGAUCAAUGGAUGAGGUCGGGUCCCUUUUGAGCUUACGUGCGCUAAUCUUGAAUGAUAAUGAAAUCAUCUCCAUUUGCAGACUUGAUCAAAUGAAAGACUUGAAUACUCUAGUUCUUUCUAGGAACCCGAUUCGUGAAAUUGGUGAGUCUCUAGUGAAGCUGAAAUCUAUCACAAAGCUUUCUCUCUCUAAUUGUCAACUUCAGACUAUUGGCUCUACUCUCAAGUCCUGUGUUGAAUUGAAAGAGCUUCGACUUGCUCACAAUCAAAUCUCGACUCUCCCAGAUGAGUUAGCUCGAAAUAAGAAACUCCAGAAUCUGGACUUAGGAAAUAAUGUCCUUUUAAGGUGGUCCAAUCUGAAGGUGUUGACUUCACUAGCUAAUCUGAGAAAUCUCAAUCUACAAGGAAACCCUGUUUCUGAAAGAGAGGAACUAACGAAAAAGAUAAAAAAUGCACUGCCGAACUUGAAGAUAUUCAAUGCUAAACCAACAGAUAAAUACACCAAGAAUGAGGAUAGUGAGAUGGAUGAUAAAGUUGAUUAUUCAGUAAAUGCUAGUAACAAGCUUGAAGUUCCAAGGGAAGAGAGAAGAGAUGGCAUCGGGAAAAUUAAUUCCAAACAUCAUCUGAUGGAUGGCAAAGAUGAUCGUCUUGAUGAUGCUAAAGGUGUUGAUGUGAAGAAGAAAUUGAAGCGGAAUAUGCAGGAAACAAAUGACAAUGUCUCAGAAAAAGAAGUUUUAAUUUGUAAGGAUGAGAAAAGAGAUGAAAUCAGAAGAAACUAUGUCAAGGAUCGAAGUGAAGACAGUACUGAUAAUGCUAGAGAUCUUGAUGUAGAAAAGAAAUCAAGGAAGAAAAAGCAGAAGAUUGGAAUGCUGUCGCAGAAAGAAGUUGAAGUACAUCCGGAGGUUGUUGGGGAGGUCGAAAAGAAACUAAAGAAGAAAACGAAGGUGGAGAAAGGUGAAUUUAAUGUUAUUGAUGAUCCAGAUGUUUCUUUUGUGGAGCUUUUCGCUGCUGACAGUGCAGGAAUUCCCAAAUAUGACUAUGAAAAGAAGAUAAUUGACAACACUACUCAGGACACGGUGGGUGGCUUAGUUACCUUCUCUGUAAAAAAAAAGAAAGCUAAACACCAUGGCUCGGGACCUUCACUAGAUUUAUACCCUAGAGUUGAAAUUGGAAUGGGGGGAGCAUCAACAUGGGGCGAUGAAUGAUAAUUCUGCGCUGGAGCCAUGCAAGUGCUUUUAGGCUUCUGGGCUCCCAUGAUUCAGUUAAGGUAGUGUUCAAAUUACACCUCUUGCAAGAUUUGGUUUCAUAUUCAAUGGUGCGCUUUGAUUUCAUGCCUAUUCUACCUUAGUUGUGGAAAUGGGGUCGAGACACAAAUCUUUGGACCACUUUCUGAGGCUUCCUUUCUGUUGACUACCUUGCCUGCAGGCACUUGACAAUCUAACAUCACACCAGUCAUGGAUUUCACUCUGCUUGGAGAUUGAAUAGUUGAAACAGCCUGGUUCUGCUUUCUGGUUAGCCUGGGUGAUGUAAGGCCGGCGGUAGAUACUAGGUCCGUCGUCAAAUGUGUUGCAUUCAUGGGAGGAAUGCAUUUUCAUUUUCAAUUAACCUUUUUUUCCGAAACUUUUCACAAGGCUUGACAGAAGGGCUUUAUUUAGCCAAGCAUAUGGUUGAAUUGGUGACAUCAGAGGAUGUAACAACACUAGUUUUUUGCGACUAUACUCUCCUCCGCCCUCUAUCGGAAUUGGUUAAUUGAUUAAACACCACAAAAGAGGGAGGGUGCAGGUCAUAAGUUUUCAAAUUUAGAACUGUGGACAAGAGGUGUGGACACCCACCAGCAUAGAUAGUUUAGUCUUAAGGCUUUAAUUAGUGGAAUUAUUGUCACAGAUUUUAGUGAUAUAGUGUGCUGUUGAUGGAAUACAUUAGAUAUUAUGAACUGAGGUGAUAAUGGAUGCGUACUUGCCAUAAACCAAGUGAAACAAUGAGAAGAUGUCCCCGUACGUUUGUGUUGGGUAUGCUUUUAUUAUGGACAUAUAUGAAUGACUUGAUGAAGAAGCUUUGAAAUCU